GUGCAAUUGACAACUAGACCAAAAGGUCCACCCAAAAAUGCGAACUAGAACGUGACUUUAUUGCAAAAAAGUCCUCUAAUUUACUAACAUUUUCCUAUUCCCUCCAUCAGUCAACCACCAGCUCAACUUCAACUCCUCUGCUAAAUCUCGGCCCUCCCCAAAGCCGACGACGCCCCCCUCCCUCCAGAAAACCCAGAACCCUAACCCGAUGGCUCGGCGGACCCUCCCGAUUCUCAAAAACCUCACCCACCGCCCCACGCCCGGACCCUUCCUUCCCAAACCCGACCCGAACACAAGAUCCGUCACCUACAUGCCCCGACCAGGCGACGGAGCCCCGCGGCCCGUCACCCUGAUCCCCGGUGACGGCAUAGGCCCGCUCGUCACCGACGCCGUCGAGCAAGUCAUGGAGGCGAUGCACGCUCCGGUAUACUUUGAGCGGUACGACGUCCACGGCGAUCUGAAGCGGGUGCCGACGGAGGUGAUCGAGUCGAUCCGGAAGAACAAGGUCUGCCUGAAAGGCGGCUUAAAGACUCCAGUCGGCGGGGGUGUGAGCUCGCUCAACGUCCAGCUGAGGAAAGAGCUCGACUUGUACGCUUCCUUGGUCAACUGCUUCAACCUCCCCGGUCUCCCUACCCGCCACGAGAACGUGGACAUUGUCGUAAUUAGAGAGAACACAGAGGGCGAAUACUCGGGGCUCGAGCACGAGGUCGUCCCCGGCGUCGUUGAGAGCCUCAAGGUGAUCACGAAGUUUUGCUCAGAGCGAAUUGCCAAGUAUGCGUUUGAGUAUGCGUAUCUGAACAACAGAAAGAAGGUGACUGCUGUGCACAAAGCCAACAUUAUGAAGCUGGCAGAUGGGUUGUUCUUAGAGUCUUGUAGAGAGAUUGCUACCAAGUACCCAAGUAUCAAGUACAAUGAGAUUAUUGUGGACAAUUGCUGCAUGCAACUUGUUUCGAAGCCCGAGCAAUUUGACGUUAUGGUCACUCCUAAUCUUUAUGGAAACCUAGUGGCAAAUACGGCAGCUGGUAUUGCUGGAGGCACUGGGGUCAUGCCAGGAGGAAAUGUGGGUGCUGAUCAUGCUGUUUUUGAGCAAGGUGCUUCAGCAGGAAAUGUUGGAAACGAAAAAUUAUGGGAGCAAAAGAAGGCCAACCCAGUGGCUUUGCUACUGUCAUCAGCCAUGAUGUUGAGGCAUCUCCAGUUUCCUUCAUUUGCUGAUCGACUUGAAACAGCCGUGAAACGUGUGAUCUCAGAAGGCAAGUACCGGACGAAAGAUCUCGGCGGAGUCAGCACCACUCAAGAGGUUGUUGAUGCGGUUAUUGCUAAUCUGGACUGAUUGACCGGGAACACUUCUGUUGUGUUUAUUUUGGUUAUACUUCGUACUAUUGUUUACCAUCGUUCUCACAUGGUUUCUUCUCCAUCAUUGGUAGGUUAUCCUACAUCUGUCAAAAUGCAAUAUUAUUAUUAUUUUUUAUCCUUUUUCGGGAAUAAGCCGAAUUGAUCCAUAUACUGAUUCAGUAAUAAAUGUUCUCCCACUGCUCAAAGUUUUCAAUUUGAUAAAAAAACAUCUCCUUUUCCUUCCCA